ACUUGGUCUACCUGCUCCAUAAUGGCUUAGAUCUGGCAUGAUGAUAAGCUCCGUUGGCCUUGUGUAAAGACCUUGAUGUCUGGUUGCUGGUGCCGUUGAGCUUAGACCUAGACUGAGCGAUUCUAGUGUUGAAGUGGAAAGCUCUUUUUUAAUCUCUUUUCCUCAGCUCCAUCUCCCCCUCCAGCUGUUCCUGAUGCCAGACGGAGAGUGUGACUUCUUCUGCUUCUUCCGCUGCUGCUGAGCAUUGUCGCCCCGUUGUGGCCCCCGAGCCUGCUGGGAAGUGUAGUGUUUUGCAGCGUGUAGCAGCUGUGUGGUGGUGGUGAGGGGCAGCCGUCCCUCGGGAAGCAGCAGAGAGCGACAGACCGAGAGGGAUGUCCGUGGACAUGAGUAGCCAGGCCUCGGACAGCAACGAGGAGGACUUCGGCGAAGAGGAGGAGGAGGAUGAUGAGGACGGAGGCGAGGACGGGGACAUCGCCGACUACUACGAGGGGGUGGCAGGGGACGUGGAGCAGCAGGAGCCGGACUCAUUCGACCCCGAGGCCUACAGCUUCACUUGCCUGACGUAUAGAGACAGCCAGCGAUUGCUCAGCGACCAGGUCAAUGUGGUGGCCACAGCACUGAAGGUGGUGCCAGCCGUAGCCAAACUGGUGCUUUUACAUUUUCACUGGCAGGUGUCACAGAUACUGGAUAGGUGCAAGUCUAAUACGUCCCAGAUGCUGAGUGAAGCCCAGGUCCAGCCAGCCACCUGCAGAUCUGCGCCUAGCUCGUCGUCCUUGCAGUGUGGCGUGUGUCUGCAGCUGGUGAGGAAGGACGCCCUGCUGGCCCUGCCCUGCCACCACUCCUUCUGCAAGGGAUGCUGGGAGCAGCACUGCACCGUCCUGGUCAAGGAUGGCAUGGGAGUGGGCAUCUCGUGUAUGGCUCAGGACUGCUCACUGAAGAUGCCAGAGGACUUUGUGCUCCCUCUGCUGCCUGGAGACGAGCUGAGGGACAAAUACAGACGCUACCUCUUCAGAGACUAUGUGGAGAGCCAUUUCCAGCUGCAGUUGUGUCCAGGAGCGGACUGCCCCAUCGUCAUCCAGGUGCAGGAGCCCAGAGCCAGGAGAGUGCAGUGCAGCCGCUGUGGAGAAGUCUUCUGUUUCAAGUGUAGGCAGAUGUACCACGCCCCCACCGACUGCCCCACAAUACGCAAGUGGCUGACUAAAUGUGCCGACGACUCGGAGACGGCCAACUACAUCAGCGCACACACUAAAGAUUGUCCAAAGUGCAAUAUCUGCAUUGAGAAGAAUGGUGGCUGCAACCACAUGCAAUGCUCCAAGUGUAAAUAUGACUUCUGCUGGAUGUGUUUGGGAGACUGGAAGACCCAUGGCAGUGAGUACUACGAGUGCAGCCGCUACAAAGAGAACCCCGACAUCGUCAACCAGAGUCAGCAAGCGCAGGCCAGGGAGGCCCUCAAGAAAUACCUCUUCUACUUCGAGAGGUGGGAGAACCAUAAUAAGAGUCUGCAGCUGGAGGCCCAGACGUACCAGCGCAUCCAGGAGAAGAUCCAGGAGCGGGUGAUGAACAACUUAGGCACGUGGAUCGACUGGCAGUACAUGCAGAACGCUGCCAAGCUUCUGGCCAAGUGUCGCUACACGCUGCAAUACACAUACCCCUACGCCUACUACAUGGAGUCUGGGCCACGCAAAAAAUUGUUUGAGUACCAGCAGGCGCAGCUGGAGGCGGAGAUUGAGAACCUGUCCUGGAAGGUGGAGCGAGCAGACGGCUAUGACAGAGAGGGAGAGCUGAGCGCUAAUGACAGAGGGGAUCUGGAGAAUCAAAUGCACAUAGCUGAGCAGAGGAGACGCACACUGCUGAAGGACUUCCACGAUACCUGAACCUCCUCCCCCUCACCUCCCCAACAACACCUCCUCCCACAGCGCCCCAGCUACAUCAGCAGCGCCUCCUCCUCCUCCUCGCCUCUCUCCCACCUCCUCUCCAAAGACCCCCACCAUUGCAUCCUCCUCACCUCCACCUCCCUACCCACCGCAUACUCCCCAUCCCAUCACAUCACAUCGCCUCUCCCUUUCACUGAUCCAAACAUGUACUCCUUUAGUAUAUUCCGUUCACUAUCAUGGUCAGACAGACGAUGGCCACAAUCUGACCAUGAAAUACCCCACAUUCACACUACAGUGUUAUCAGAGAGUGCCGUUUUGGCCACACACACACACACGCGCACACAAGGAAAUGACUGCUUGCAAUCAGUCACACACUUUUCAAUGCCCGUCCCAUACACACUCGCACACUUGCACGCACAGAUAUACCCACGCACAAACACUUACAGAAACACUCCUCAGAUGUCCAGACUUAUCAAAAUCCUGUCCAUGUCCCUUCACCCCCGUCUCAUUCAGCUCCUCAAAUUGGCCACCUUUUUUUCUUUUACCCUUUUUCUGGACUUUCUUCUCACAUUUUGUCAGCGUAUUAUUUUGUUUAUGGAUUAAAGGCUGUUGAUAGUUAGAAAGUUUAAAAGGAAAAAAAAAUACAAAAAAAUACAAAACAAAAAUUGCUGUAAUUUUGAACGGUUGUACAUUAAUACAGAGAUAGUUACUGAGAGAAAGUUUUUAAAGCAGACACGGACUCCUGUGUGAUCAUUUUGGGUGUGGGGGACUCGACUGCAUGGAUCACAUGUGCUUCGUCUAAAACACCAAUACAAUCUUCUCACAGGACUCUUUAAUUUUCUGUUUUUGGAGAAAAAAAAUGUUUCCUUUGGCAUGGGCUUGGAGUCCUCUGGAUAAGUCUUUUUUGUGUUGGAGUGAUGACAAUAUUUUGCUUAAAAAAUGGGGAAAAUGCUUUACAGAAUGCAUCUUAUUUUCUGAGACAUGAAGAGAGUGGGGUCACUCCCAUAAACCAAGGGCCAUGACGAAGUCUAAUGCCUUUAAAAACGUUGUCUGUAAAUAAACCUUUUUCCCUGCUCUGA